AUGGCGGUCGGAACGCCAGCGUCCGACCCUCCGUCGGCGAGCGACGGAGAGAAGCUGGCGCUCUGGCGCGCGCAGAUCGCCGAGGACGAUUCCGACGACGGCGAUCACCCUCCGCCGCCGCCGGCUCCGCCUCGCCGGACGGGUCCACACAGCGCGAGCGGUGGAGGCAGCGGGAGUGGCGGCGGCGAGACAGAGUACCUGCAGCGCAAGGUGGCUGUGCUGCAGCUGCAGCUCGAGGAGAAGGACCUCGAGCUGCAGGAGGCUCGCAUGCAGGCGCAGUGGGCUGCAAACGAGCGCGCCUCGGCUGCGCGCGUCGCGCCGGCCGCGGCUGCGCAGCGGGAUGGCGUCGCAGCGGCGGCGCGAGAGGACAAGAUGAGGGAGCUCGCGGCAAAGUGCAAACAGGCGACGAUGGCGCUCGGUCGCGAGCGGUCGCAAGCGGCGCAGCUGGCGUCGGAGCUCGCCGGGCUGAGGCAGCAGCUCAAGGCCAGGGAGGCCGCAAAGGAAAGCGGCGGCGUCAACGGCGGACCAGCGUCGCCGGGGCAAGAGCGGCGCGAGGCGCAAAAGCGGCUCGCAGAGACCAACGCGAGAUUGGCGGAGCUCUCCUUGUCGUACGAGGGCGCGAGAGCGGAGCUGGCCAAGUACAAGCGCGCCCUCGAGCGGGAGGUCGGCUCGGUCGAUGGCGCCGCUCGAUUGCUAGAGGGCGGCUCAGGGGCGCGAGGCCGGGCCGAGCAAAUCUCGCUGCUGCGCGACCAGCUGAGGGAGGCCCAGCGGCGCGCGAUGACAGACAACGGCGGGUUGGCGGGAGGCCCCUCGAGCCCGGGGAGUCGGGGCGAGGAGCGAGCGAGGGAGCGGCUGCAGCAAAUGGAGCAGGAACGAAGGCACGACCACGAGCGGCUGCUAGUCGUGGAGCAGCAGCUCCGCGCGGAGCUCGACGAGUCGCGGCGGCGGGCCGACGCUUUGGCGGCCCGCAUCAAAAAUCUGGAGGCGGACCUCAAGCUGCUCCUCGAUAAGAGCGACAACGACAACCAGCUCGUCUCCGCUUUGCGCGCAGAGCUCGAGCGGUGCCGGCAAAGCAGUGGAAAGCUCUCACCGCAGGGCGACGUCCCUGCGCGCAGAGUCGCCGACCUCGCCACGAGAGCCGCGGAGCAGCAGGAGCGCCGACAGGAGAAGAUCAUCGGCUCGCUGCGGGAGCGGGCGGCAGAGGUGGACCGGCUGAGCAGCGAGAAUGAGAAGCUGCGCGAGCUGGUGGGGCUGCUGCAAGACAAGCUGAGCGGCGCCGAGUAG